AUGGUCAACACGCCUGAGAUCCCUCUCUUAAAAGCUUGUGGACUUUACGGCGGCGGGCCGCGCGCAGACACCGCCAUGGAGUCGGCGCUGGUGCAGCCGUGGGGCGAGACUGCGCCGGAGGGCGAGGGGCUGCGCGCGUGGGCGGGCAAGCCGGGCCGCAUCCACACGCUGAGCGAGCUGGCGGCGCUGCUGCGCGCGGAGUUCGAGGGCCGCGACGUGGUGUGCCCGCAGCGCCUGCAGGCGCUCAUGGCCGCCUACCAGCCCGCGUCGCCGCGCGACUGGAAGCCCUUCGCCAAGUACACGCGCAACCUGGUGGACGAGGGCGACGGCCGCUACAACCUGAUGCUGCUGUGCUGGGCGGAGGGCCACGGCUCGGCCAUCCACGACCACGCCGGCGCGCACUGCGUCAUGCGCAUCCUGGCGGGCUCCUUGUGUGAGGUGCGGUUCGCGUGGCCCUCGGAGCACGCUGCAGCCCUGCCGCCCGAGGAGGGAGAACCCCUGCAGGAGCUCAGCAAGUGCACGCUGGAGAACGGGGACGUGUGCUACAUCAACGAUUCGCAAGGGCUGCACCGCGUGGAGAACCCGAGCCACAGCGAGAGGGCCGUCUCCCUGCACCUGUACUGUCCGCCAUUCGGAGCGUGUGGCGUGUUCAAUCAACGCACCGGCCAUCGCUCCACCAGCCACGUGACCUUCUGGAGUCGGCCGGGCGACUCGGCGGGCGGCCGCGUCAGCCGCAGGAACAGACCGCAGGCGCCGGCGGAAGACAACUAACUCAGCGCUGCCGGCGUUGGCCUUGUGACAAUCCAUCACAUGAUCUUAAAUGAUUUCUUAUGUGACGGAAAUGGACCACAUGAACAGAAGAGAGAUUGGGUACAUUUUUUUUAAAAAUUAGAUCAGCCAGUAAAGGAUAAAACUCGCUGGCGUACUGCAUUCAUUAAUGCAAAUGGUAGUAGCGUUACUUGGUGUAGAGAAAAUGGGAUAUCUUCAUAGUUAUAUCAAGUACUAGAUUAAUGGUACGGUAAGUGUAAUUUAGGUCAUGACGAUUUUCCAAAACAUAAGUACUGAAGAGCAAUGUUUUAUGAAAAGAUACAUACAUGAAUGAUUUUUACUACGUAUCACUUACAACAUUAAGAAAUAGAUUAUUCGUUUUAGAUAUUAAAGAUAACAUGUGAUGUGCAGCUAAGAAUAUUUUUCGUGUGUUAUCUGUUAAAGAAGAUAAAAUAUUUUUUAAAAAAUUUUCGUUGUUAUGAAUUGCUCUUUCAUUUAAAUAUUUUAAAACAAUACAAAUAGCAUCAGAGUGUAUUAUAAUCAAUAAAAUGUCAUUAAGUAAAUCUCAUAUGCUCAAGAAUGUGGUAAUUCAUAUGUUUCCAAAGUAAUUAUACAAAACUAUUAAGUAAUUUUGACUUCCUUCGAAAUCUGUAACGCAUCUUAAGUUCCGGACUAAUGUGUAUUUUCUAGUUCCUGAAAAUAAUUAAUAAAAGAGUUUUGAUAUAUUGAAAUUUUUGUACAAAAAAAUAAUAAAAACUUUUAAAAGUGGAUCCUC